CGAAUGUACAAAAUUCCAGACGAGCAGACGGACAUCGAUGCAACUCCAAUGUUCUGACAUCCCAUAUAUUUGUCUGCCACCUGAAUUCUUCUCUGCCAUUUCAACUCGCAGUCCUCGAGGCCAUGCGACGAUAGGCACCAUUUCUCUGUUUCUGGCUACCGUUUCUCGAGCUUGAGACCUUCGCGCGCAAUACAUUCGUGAUGGAGAAGUACUCGCAGUUUCGUGAUCGCGGAUCUGGAAUAGCUCCCUUCUUCCCGAUAUCCUCGACGCCUGCAGGAAUCUAUCUACCUGUCCACAUAUUCCUCUUUCUUUUCAAAUUACCAUUCUUCGUUACCGUUGCGACGACUUACUUUCUGUUCCUACAAUGGUUUCCUCUGGGUUCGCUAUUCAAGAAAGCUAUACUAUGGAUGAUAUUGGGCAUACCGGGCAUAUGGUGGAUUGAUCUGCAGAUUGAUGGAGUCAAGAAAGGCUCAUUAGCAAAAAAGCAUGAGGGCAGGAUACCUCAGCCAUCAAGCAUUAUCGCAUCCUCCUUUACCUCACCGAUCGACUCAUUAUAUCUUGCUGCCAUCUUCGAUCCUAUCUUUACAGUCUCGUAUCCUCAUACACGCCAAGUUCGACGCAUAUCCUUGCUUGGAGCAAUUCUACGAGCUCUGUCAAGCCCACAAGACCAACCACCCAAGAGUGCGAAGCUCACGGAUUUGAAGACGUUGCUUGUGGAGAACCCGCAAAGAGUUGUGGUUGUUUUCCCCGAAUGUACGACGACGAAUGGAAAAGGGAUACUCCCUUUCAGUCCAAGUCUUCUCACAACUCCUGCCCAGACGAAGAUCUUCCCCAUCAGUCUGAGAUAUAGUCCUCCGGAUAUUACCACCCCAGUUCCACGUCACUACUGGUCAUUCAUAUGGAACCUCCUUUCACAACCAACCCAUUGUAUCAAAGUCCGGAUAGCAGAAGUUGUCUACAACACUUCGAAACCAACAGAUCACGCGACUGAGAAGAAGGAUCGAUAUUUGACCAAUUUUCUUGAUACACUUGGAGAAGAUUCAGCUAUGACAAGUAGUACAGACACUCUAACAAGUUUGAGUGAUCAACCAGCAGAAGUAAACCCGGAAGAGAAACGAAUUCUUGAUAAGGUGGGGGAAGCGCUAGCACGUUUAGGGAGAGUCAAGAGAGUGGGCUUGACUGUGAAGGACAAGGCCGCAUUUGUGGAGGCAUGGUCGAAGAAGAGGCGAUAGAUAAGGAUGGAUUAUGAUGGCGUUCAGGGCAUUGGACUGACGAUCGGUCAGGGAGUCGGGAAAGCGAUAGCAUCUUCUGCAAUGCAUUCAUGCAGAAUUGAAUUCAAAGUCUGUUCAGUAUCGAGUUAUCUCAUUUCUUUCAGAUUUUCGUGUGUGCUAUGCUUCUCCUCACCCUGAGUAAAUACAUCGCCUUCGAAUUUUUGACCAUAUACACGAAACGG